AACGCGUUAGGCACACUAGGGUGGGGGCAAGGGAGGAGAAACUCGCCGGGAGAUCCCUAAACCGCAGCCUCAGACAAAACCUUCGCAUCUUAUCUCCAUUGGUUGACUUCACCAUCAGAUUCUCCAUAAUUGAUCCGGACCAUGCCGCCGAGAUGUCCUUUUCUCCGCCAUCUAUUCUUCUUACUACUGCUACUCUCACCAUGGAUCAUGUCUCCUUGCGGCGGCGCUGCCGACGAUGUGACGUAUCCGAUCGUGCCAUCUAGUCCCGGCCGCAGAACGAUUUUGCAGAUUCGUCAUGAGCCCAAUACGAACUUUGAUGUUGAUCCGUCUGGGAAAGUGUUUUUAAAGCAGCAAUCACCAGCGCAAACAAUAUGGUCCUUUUCAACAGGAUCACCUAUGCAUUCGUUAUAUCAGGCUCCUCUAAGUGCUAAUAACAACACAGAAAAUGCUACUGAGAUAAGUCGUCCUCACAUAAUAGUAGAAUAUCUGAACAACUCAAAGGCGGCUACAACUGUUGAUGGCUAUCAUAAUUGGACAGUUCAGGACUUUUUUAGGCAGAGGCCACUUGUGACGGAUGAUGGUGUGACUCUUGGGUCAGAAACAACUACUGCCUAUUUGGUUGAUGGUAGAUCAGGGAGGCUGAUUCAUGUUUACAAAUCAACCGGAGAUACUAAAAUUACUAAUGCUAUGGUGAAGCCCGCUAGCACUGAAGAUUUUGUGAAUGAACCUCUUCUUAUCAGGCGAACAGAUUCCAAACUAGAGCAUUUUAGUAAAACCACUGGAAAGCUUGUGUGGAAUUUGACGGUUUCUCACUUCAGAGCUUCUUUACUAUGUGAUCCAGUUUUCAAUUCUGGCUAUGAGCUCGGUCCUAAACUUCAAACUGGAAUUUAUAUGCCAUUGGUAUGUGGGUCACAAAUUGACGUUCGUGGCCCAGAAAUUGUUAUUAGGGUGCUCCAUGAUCAGCCAAUGAAAGUGAAAAUGCUACCUUCCCCUUCGCAAAAUCACUUAGAGAGCGAAAACAGCAUCAUGCAUUUUGAAAAAGCCAGAGAAUCAAGGAAGUUACAAGAGCAACAUGGGCACAAAUAUAGAUAUGUGUUUGGACAAUGGUCACCAGUAAAGUUAUUGGUCCCUUUAGUGCUUCUGGGUGUUGUUGUCUCUGUUUUCAUUAAAAAGUUUUCGUCGAGUGGCAGUGAUGUUAGUUCGAAAUCUGGACCUUCCAAAAAGAAGAAGAACCGUAAAUCAGGGAAGGAUGCAAAUAGGCAGUCAGUUCCUCGUGGCCAGGAUCAAUUCGAGCUCAUUGAAGGAGGUCAAAUGUUACUAGGCUUCAAUAACUUUCCAAGUGGUGCAACUGAUGGGCGAAAGAUCGGUAAGUUGUUUUUGUCAAGUAAAGAAAUUGCAAAGGGAAGUAACGGAACUGUGGUGUUCGAGGGUAUUUACGAAGGUCGGCCUGUAGCAGUAAAACGCAUUGUUCGAUCUCAUCAUGAGGUUGCUUUCAAGGAGAUUCAAAACCUCAUUGCAUCAGACCAACACCCAAACAUCAUUCGGUGGUAUGGUGUGGAGUAUGAUCAAGAUUUUGUAUACCUUUCUCUAGAGCGUUGCACGUGCAGUUUAGAUGAUCUAAUCAAAUCCUAUUUAGAGUUUUCUAUGACAAAAAUAUUGGGAAACAACGAUUCUACUGAAGGAGUGACUGCUUAUAAGAUCCAACUUGAUUCUUUGGAGGGAGUUAACAAAGGAAACAACUUUUGGAAAGUGGGGGGCCACCCAUCACCUCUCAUGCUUAAACUAAUGAGUGAUAUAGUUUGUGGGAUCGUCCACUUACACGAAUUGGGAAUAGUUCAUCGGGACUUGAAGCCACAAAAUGUGUUAAUUAGUAAAGAUAUGACUUUGAGUGCAAAACUUUCCGAUAUGGGCAUUAGCAAGCGUAUGUCCAGAGAUAUGUCAUCAUUGGGCCACCUUGCCACAGGUUCUGGUAGUUCGGGAUGGCAAGCACCAGAGCAGCUUCUACAUGGUCGUCAAACUCGUGCAGUGGACAUGUUUAGUUUAGGUUGUCUCAUCUUUUACACGAUAACCGGUUGUAAGCAUCCAUUUGGAGAUGAUCUUGAACGAGAUGUCAAUAUUGUGAAGAACAAAGUCGACCUAUUUCUAGUAGAACACGUUCCAGAAGCUUCAGACCUCAUAUCCCGUUUGUUGAACCCAAACCCUGAUUUACGUCCUAGCGCAACCGAAGUGCUACUCCAUCCUAUGUUUUGGAACUCAGAGAUGAGACUAUCUUUCCUUCGGGAUGCUAGUGACCGAGUUGAGCUUGAAAAUAGAGAAGCUGAUUCUGAAAUCUUGAAAGCAAUGGAGAGUACAGCUCCAGUGGCUAUAGGAGGGAAAUGGGAUGAAAAGCUAGAACCUGUUUUCAUCACAAACAUUGGGCGCUACAGGCGUUACAAAUACGAUAGCAUUCGUGACUUGUUACGAGUCAUCAGAAACAAACUGAAUCAUUAUCGAGAACUUCCUCCAGAAAUUCAGGAACUUGUCGGAACAGUUCCAGAAGGAUUUGACGAGUACUUUGCUGUACGGUUUCCAAAACUGUUGAUUGAAGUCUAUAGAGUCAUCUCUCUGCACUGCAGGGAAGAAGAAGUAUUCAAAAAGUACUUCAAAUGCAACAUCAUCUAAAAGACCGUUUCGCAUCCAGCACUUUAUAUGUUAGUUAUUGUAUGUUUGUCAUUGUUAUAUUACAUAAAUUAACUGCUAUCUAAAUGUUUAACGUAUAACUUAAGACUGCAACAUAUAGUACUUAUAUAGUUAUAUAUGUAUAUAUCUCUUCAUGUAAAAACUAUGUUUCAAGUGACGUAUUCUGCAACGAAAUAAGAUAUGUAUUUAGAAA